UACGAGCUCACCAAGAUGUGCACCAUACGCAUGAGCUUCGUCAAGGGCUGGGGUGCGGAAUACCACCGCCAGGACGUCACUAGCACCCCCUGCUGGAUUGAAGUGCACCUGCACGGCCCCCUGCAAUGGCUUGAUAAGGUCCUGACUCAGAUGGGCUCCCCUCAUAACCCCAUAUCUUCCGUGUCAUAACACACCAACACACUCAUACACACAGGUAAACACACACGUAAGAUGUGUCUGAAAUGGCUUCAUGGUUUUUGGUUAACCAGUGUCCCAGUACCAAUAUCAAAUUUGGUGUCGAUUGUAGGGCAUUUGAAAUAUCCCAUGAUGCACACCGAUGUGAUUUGGUGAACACCUGAGCUCCCUAGUUAAAGGUGAAUAGUGAACAUUGGUGCUUCAGGUCAGACGUAUGAAAGUGUUGGUAAAAGAGACAAGGUUUGAUAUGCAAUUGUGACGUGUAUCUUAGUACUACUAUUCCAUUCUGAAUGGGCCGCUUCUCUCAUUUCACAGUAGGACUGUUCUUUCAUUUCAACAGCAGUAUGUUACAGUGUGUGUGCUUCUUCUCGUUUGCUCUCGUUUGUACUGAAUGCACUCCGAGACAAAGAAAUGGGAUAACAUGUUGGUACGAGGUCUGUUCAACUGUUUGUAUGUGAACUUGUGUAUGAUAUACUAUUUGAAUAUGUAUAAAAUACAUGAACCGAUUGCUUUUUA